GCCCGCGGACAAAGGAGGCGGCGGGCGGCCCAGCUGUUUUGAAAAAUGCUUCCUGUUUCUUUAAAGGCGCUCGCGGCUCGGGCGGCCGGGGCUGGGCAGGCGGUGGCGGCGGGAGCUGCCUCCUCUCCGGGCGGCGGCGCUGACUGAUCUCGCGAACUGGGCUUCUGUGUAAACUGAGGCUAAACAAACACAGAUGGAGCGCAGCGGGCGUUCUCCAGAAAUGCUGGCAAGGAGGCAGCGACUUCAGAUGACACUCUGAGCGCUCCGGGAACGGACAGCCCGGCGGCUUCCCGAAGCCGGCGGCGCAGCUGCCCCGGGCGAGGGGGAGAAAGGCAGAGAGGGAGGGGGAGGGCGGGCGAAGGGGGAGAGCCAGAGACUCCUCGGCGCUGAGCGCGGCGGCGGCCCGGGCAGCCCCACGCCCCUGCCUCGCGCGCCGCCCGCGCCAUGAAGCACAUCCCGGUCCUCGAGGACGGGCCGUGGAAGACCGUGUGCGUGAAGGAGCUGAACGGCCUCAAGAAGCUCAAGCGGAAAGGCAAGGAGCCGGCGCGGCGCGCGAACGGCUAUAAAACUUUCCGACUGGACUUGGAAGCGCCCGAGCCCCGCGCCGUAGCCACCAACGGGCUGCGGGACAGGACCCAUCGGCUGCAGCCGGUCCCGGUCCCGGUGCCGGUGCCAGUCCCAGUGGCGCCGGCCGUUCCCCCAAGAGUGGGCACGGACACAGCCGGGGAGCGCGGGGGCUCCCGGACGCCCGAGGUCUCCGAUGCGCGGAAACGCGGCUUCGCCCUAGGCGCAGUGGGGCCAGGACUCCCCACGCCGCCGCCGCCGCCGCCGCCGCCGCCUCCUGCGCCCCAGAGCCAGGCACCUGGGGGCCCAGAGACACAGCCUUUCCGGGAGCCAGGUCUACGUCCUCGCAUCUUGCUGUGCGCACCGCCCGCGCGCCCCGCGGCGUCAGCACCCCCAGCACCGCCAGCGCCCCCGGAGUCCACUGUGCGCCCUGCGCCCCCAACGCGCCCCGGGGAAAGUUCCUACUCGUCAAUUUCACACGUAAUUUACAAUAACCACCCGGAUUCCUCCGCGUCGCCUAGGAAACGACCGGGCGAAGCGACUGCCGCCUCCUCCGAGAUCAAAGCCCUGCAGCAGACCCGGAGGCUCCUGGCGAACGCCAGGGAGCGGACGCGGGUGCACACCAUCAGCGCAGCCUUCGAGGCGCUCAGGAAGCAGGUGCCGUGCUACUCGUAUGGGCAGAAGCUGUCCAAACUGGCCAUCCUGAGGAUCGCCUGUAACUACAUCCUGUCCCUGGCGCGGCUGGCUGACCUCGACUACAGUGCCGACCACAGCAACCUCAGCUUCUCCGAGUGUGUGCAGCGCUGCACCCGCACCCUGCAGGCCGAGGGACGUGCCAAGAAGCGCAAGGAGUGACUGGCUGCAGGCAAGACCAAGGCCACCACUGUGGGCCUCCUUCCAGUCAGGCCUGAGGACAAGGUGAGCUCGCUGAGUCCAGCCUCGUGGUCUUCUCCAAGAUGCCGCCAGACGCCCAGCCUACAGCCUCUCAGGGUCGGAUCGGAGCACGCCUGCCUCCCUCUCCCCUCCGCCCUCACCCAGCCACUCCGAGGCUGCUUCGCACUUUGCCCUCUGCCUGGUGGGGAGGGGAGAGCUCAGCCCCCCACUCACUCAGACCCCAAGGCCCACUGUCCAGCUGCAGAAAUUCGUUGCCAAAGAUUGGACAGAGACACCGAAGGAAAUGGGGUGAUGAAACCCCACAGCGAAAAGCCACACCGUUGCUCUGUGACUUUUGCUCCUCCUGUUGCCUGAGCCCCAUCUCAAGCCAAAGAUGAGUCAGUGGUUCUGCUAGGAACUCAUGGAAGGGAUGGGCAUUUGAUGACCCCUGGGGGUCAUCUUGGCCCUCUUACCUGGUGCUCUCUCUCCACUGGGCCUUGCGCUGGCUGAGUGCAAGACAAGCCUUAGGGGCUGUGAGAGGGAGGCUGGGGUGCCUGGGCGGGGCUGGGGUGGGGCCUGAGAUCCCUGCCCACUCUCUCCCCUUCAUUGGCUGCCCAGGCCACUGGCCCCAGUUCUCAGUGUCCCCUGGGUCCAGGCUCCUUGGGCCCUAAGCAUCACCAGAAGGGAGUAAGCAGGGAGAGAAGCAAUAUUACUCCCUCCCCUACACCAGGGACUUGCCCCAGGGCAGCUACCUAUGGGUCUUUGCUCCCCCAGCCAGCCUCUCCUCACUGUGACCCACCCCCAUGGGCCCCCAUCCCAGGCAGCCAGCACCAUGGGCAGGCCCUGCCACAGACAGAAAAAGAGUUUUUCUCUUGUUCAGCCUGCCCGUGGCCUGAGGAAGGAGUAAAGGCUGGGUUGGCUGGAGCCGUCCUACUGGGCAAGAUGGCACCCCACUUGGAGGGCGGUGGUCUGUUACAGGGUGUGCAGGGGCAGGGAAGGAAGGGACCAGGGGACUGGGCCAGUAUGUGGAGGAUGGGGGCUGCGUGUUCAAAGCCAAGGCCCACCCCUUCCUUGUGCUCAAAUGGCCAAAGCUGUUCACGUCUGUGCUCAACCAUCUGCUUCAAAUUGAAGUAAAAGCCCCAAAAUGUCAAGAAAA